ACCUUUCUCUUUUUCUUAGUGUAUAUUUUCUUUCUUUUGUAUUACAUUUAUUAUCAUCUGGAUUCCCUUGUUAUCAUGGCCGUCCAAGAGAGCUUCUUUCAUGGUUUUGAGUGUUCUUCUAUGUCCACAGUUAGAUGAUAAAGCAAUGGGUUUCAGAAUUUUGUUCUUUGUGAGAAAAUGCUGGUAUUCUAACCAUUGCCAAUGUAAAGUUAAACCUCACAUUGUUUUUCAGAGAAAAGCAUUAUUUACAGUGGCGGUAUGGAAAGAUGAAAUUUACUUUAAAAGAUUUCAACAUUUCCUAAAUGCUUAUCUGAUUCAAAACAUUCUUGAAUCUUGGAAGAAGCUGUAAAUCUGCUGUAUACACUUCUGGAUAAUGCAAUUCUCUACCAUACUCCAAAAGUACAUAUUUCUGUUGUUUGAAAUCAAUUUAGAAAGCUUUCAACAUUACAAGAUAUAUGCACUCUGGUUUACCCAAUUCAGUAGCACCUCCUUUUCUUUUUUCCUCAUAGAAAAAAUUCUUAUGGUAUUCUACUAUAGUGUAUGAAAUAUUACAGACCAUAGUCUAGAAUUGAAGUACUGAGCUAUUCAGUUAACAACAUUUUAAUGCUUGAAAUAUGAGUGGGUCUGCUGCAGCAGUUGAAGCUAGCGUGUUACAUAUAAGUUCAAGCAACUCUCAGCUUGUUCAGCGGGUAAAGGCAUCAAUGGAGCCAACGAAUGUGGAUUGUUCCGCGGAAAGGAAGAAGUCACUCCGAGCCAGAUACUUUUAUGGCUUGAUCUUCUUCAUAAUUAAUCUUACUGCCUGGUUCAUUCGUGAUUAUGGACAAAGUGUCUUACCCCGACUGUACUAUAGAAAAGCUUGUGGAGUCGGUGGAAGUGAUUGUUUUCACACAAUGGGAGUUCUCCGUGUGAGCUUAGGAUGUUUUAUAUUUUUCUUUCUCAUGUUUCUUACCACAUUUAGUACAAGAAAAUUGUUUGAAACUUGCAGUAAAUGGCACUCAGGAUGGUGGGCGUUGAAGUUUGUCCUAUUGGUUGUAUCAAUUGUGGUUCCAUUCUUCCUCCCUCCAGAUUUUAUUCAAAUAUAUGGAGAAGUUGCUCGCAUUGGUGCAGGGAUAUUUCUCCUUCUGCAACUUAUAAGUGUGAUUGAGUUUAUCGGAUGGUGGAAUAACAACUGGGCACCUGAUGAGCAAAGGAAACGAAGCUGCUUCUUUGCAUUAUUUACCUCAACAAUUUUUUAUGUUGCUUCAAUCUGUGGAAUUGUGUCUAUGUACUAUUUUUAUGCCCCAAGACCAGCAUGUUCUCUCAACAUAUUCUUCAUUACAUGGACUGCCAUUCUGCUCAUAGUGAUGAUGGCUAUGUCCUUGCAUUCAAAGGUUAAUAGAGGUCUUUUGUCUUCAGGAAUUAUGGCUUCUUAUGUUGUUUUCCUCUGUUGGUCUGCUAUUAGAAGUGAACCAGCUGAUGAAAAAUGCAAACUAGAAAAGCCAAAAGAUGGACAUGGUGAUUGGACCACCAUACUUGGGUUCCUGAUUGCAAUAGGUGCCAUUGUCAUGGCAACCUUUUCAACAGGGAUUGAUUCAAAAUCAUUUCAGUUUCGCAAAGAUGAGGUGAAACUAGAGGAUGAUAUCCGUUAUAACUAUGGAUUUUUCCACAUGAUAUUCUCCUUGGGGGCCAUGUAUUUUGCAAUGUUAUUCAUCAGUUGGAACCUGGAAAAUUCAGCAAGGAAAUGGAGCAUUGAUGUUGGCUGGACAAGUACAUGGGUGAAAAUCAUCAAUGAGUGGUUUGCAGCCACGAUCUACAUGUGGAAGUUGAUAGCCCCCGUUGUGAAGCAACCCAGGGUCAUCAACCAUGAGGAGUCUGUGCAGCAGAUAAAUGAUUCAACCUUGCCGUGAUUUUGUUUGGCAACUAUGAUUGUACUUCUCCAUUGUUGUAUUUCUUCAUUCUUUCCCUCAUUUUUUAUUGGCCGGUUCUACUUGUCCAAUUUGAGCUUCAAGCUUAUGUAUAAAACAAGCAAGAAUUCAGAAAUCUAUCAUGAUUUUAUAAUGAAUGAAUGCUUUGAAUUAUUAAUGAU